CCGGUUUCGCCUCACUGGGUCGACUGAACUGAGCAUUUUCGUAUCUCGGAGUGGAUAGCUGGCCAUCGUCUCCUUUGGGGUUACUUUUCCUGCCUGGCUUCGUCUUUUCACAUUAAGGCUAAUUACGGAAGUAACGUCAGACGUGCAGUUACAAUCGAUCCUCUACUCGAAUUGUUGAUUCUUGCCGAGCCUAUAGCACCCGGAACCUACCGUGUAGGAAGUUUCUUAUUUCUUCUGCAUUAGGUUUCACGGUAAUUGCCUGUGCGGCUUGAAUUACGUUAUGCCGUGCCUGAUCCCCGAAUGGCUAGGCCGGUCAGUUACGAAGCUCUGACGAUAGAUCCCUACAACUCGCCGGCGGGCUGCCUAGACAACUCUCUUGUUCGGUGUUGUUCUUCGCAAUCAGCUCAUCGCGACGAGCAAUUCUCUAUCGGUUGUGCUCUCGGCAUCCCCUCGUUCUGGAAGCUCAAGUCUAGGCAGCCUAUCCGCGCGUCUUUAUGAUUCUAAUCGAGGCCGAUCCGCCUGCUUCGGGAUCCCUCCCCUUCGUGCUCUUCGACCGGUUCCUUUCCGCUAGAUCCGCAUCCGCGCAUUCCGCCUUGUCUGCGGAGGCAGACAUCGCGGAGGACAGCGCCCGCGCGGAGUCCGCGUGCGCGGGCAUGGGGGCGGCGGACGGGGCGCAAGCGGCGGAACGGACAGCGCAGUUAGGCCCAGUUAUCAACGGGAAGGUUGUGAGUGAAGCGCUGGGCGCGGAGAUGGGACUGGCGGAAGGCUCGAGGCGGACGACCGCCGCGGCAGGAGCUGCAGCGACAUCGGCGAACGCGGGAACGGCUGGAGCAAGCGCUGCUGCUGCUGGCGGAGAUGCCACGUGUCGAAGCGAUGGCCCCGGUGGUUCUGCAAGCGCGGAGCGCAGCAGCGAACGAGCGAGCAGCGGGGGAGGGGCGAGCAGCAGCGGACGAGCGAGCGGGGGGGCCCGGGGGAAUAGUGGGGCUGACGGGGAGCGCGGCACGAAGGAGGCUUUGAAAGGUGAGGAAACAGGCGGGGAGAGAGGAGAGGGCGGAAGAACUGACGGUGCGGAGCGGGAGAACGAGGCAAGAAAGAAGGCCCGCGGGAGAGAGGCGGAGAGAGGGCGCAGGAUCAGCGGCGGCGCACGCAGAAAGGGCGGAGAGGGGCGCGCGGGGAGAAGUCACGGUGACACCGGUGGGGGUGAGGCAGUUGGCGGAGAGAGGGAGGCGGAAGGGGGGGAAGUGGGGGGAGAGGCCGGGGGAAGCAGCAGACUUGCGGACAAGGGAGGGGCGGUAUUAGACGGGCGGAGGGACGGCCAGACUGGCGGGCGUGUAGAUCUGCGGAUGAAUGUGCGGAAUGAUAUGCGCCGUAGCGAGGGUCAGCUGGAGGGAAGGGAAGGGGGAACUGGGAGCGGUGGUGGGAUGAAGGCUGAGGAACCGUUAGGUGCAGAGGUGGUAUCGAGAGGAGACGAUUUGGGGGUUGAUGAGGGGAGAGGCCGCGAGGGAGGGGAGGGAGGGGAAGGAGUGGAGGGAGUGGGUGUGAGGGGGAGAGGGAGCGAGGUGCAGGAGGCGGUGGGGCUGUGUGGAGUGGAGGAGAGCAUGCAGGACGCGGAAAUACUGUUCGCUGCUGCCAUGCGAGCGGUCAACGAAAUGCAGCUAGCUGCCUCUGCUGCCGCCGCUUCUUCCCCUACCACUGCCGCCGCCUCUUCCCCUACCACUGCCGCCGCCACCGGUGCUGCUGCUGCUGCUGCUGCGGGUGGUGCUUCUGCUCCUAGCCGGGGUAUUGCUGCUUCUAGUAUUGAAGCGGCUACUACCGGAGAUGGAGGCGCUAGAUGUUCCAGAGGUGCUGCAUUCACGGCAGGUGCGCCGUCGGCCGCGCCUGCUGCGCUUCCUGGCGCUUAUACUUGUGCUGCCGCACCAGUGUCUGCCGGCCCUUCAGCUGAAAGCCCGUCUCUAGGGAGCAGCAGCAGUCAGGGCACGGGGUCCGCUCCUGGCAGCUCCCAGACCCAGGCUCGCAGCAUCCAUCCGUAUAACAGCCUGUCGCCAGACGCGUCCGUAGGUGAUGCGUUGUUCUACACCCCGCCCUCUCUCUCUCUCGACGCUCUCGCCCUCCGUUCCUCUGCCGCUGGGGGCAGAACGGGCGGGGAUAUGGGAGCAGGAAGAGGAGCAACCGCCGCUGUGGCGGCGGCUGCGGCUGCGGCGGCAGCAGCAGCAUUGGCGGUUGGAGUGGAGAGUGCUGGGGGGGGGCUCCCGGCAAUCCUGCGGAAGAGAAGGCGCCGCAGUGACUCCUUCCUCGUGCAAAAUCCCUCAGAGGUAGCAGCUGCUGCAGCCGCAGGGGCAGGAGCAGGACGAGAAGUAGGAGCAGGACGAGAAGUAGGAGCAGGAGGAAGGGGAGCAGAUCUACUCGCAGCAGCAGCAGGUGGGGGUGGUGCGAAGGGGUUGGCGCAGGUGCUUGGAGCGGUAAGGAGUUCAAGGGCAGGUAGACAGGUAGGCCUGUCUGCUAGGCUGGGGCCCGCGCUAACUUCGCCCCCAGCCCUGGCAGGGGGCCGGCAGGGAGAGAGUGCCAUGGACUGGCAGGGGAAUGGGGAGGAGCGGGGGCACGAGAGGCAUGAGAGGGAGGAGGGGAAUGGGAGGCAGGAGAGGCACGAGGGGGACGAGAGGCAGCAAGCCCUGGCAGCAGAGAGUGUAUACAUGCUCCAACGGGAUUCGGACGGGGGCUGUGCUAUGGAAGGGUCGAUUCAAGCCUCUCCGCUUCCGCUGUUCCCGGCUCGCCCUUCGUCCGCCCUUGGAGCUGCUGCUCCUCUACCGUCACACCCGCUAGUGUCACAUUCGUUGGCAUCACAAUGGCAUAGGCCGCUCAGUCUGUUCCCUGCCACGGGUGGUGGGGGUGGUGGGGGUGGUGGGGGUGGUGGCCUCAGCGAUAGUAGUAGUGGGAUAGGGAAGAGUGCAUCGGCAUCAGCAUCAGCUGCAGCUGCAGCAGCAGCAGGGGCAUCGCUGGCAGCAGGUCCGCCUCAACUUAGCCUAGCUCUCACCAUCUCCGCUCACCCUGCUGCUGCUGGUGGUGAUGCAGCAGCUGCUGUUGCUGCUGCUGCUGCUGUUGCUGAUGCUCCAGGUGAGUCUGCUGGUGCUGCUGAUACUGGCGGCAAGGCCAACAGUAUGGCCUCUGGUUACAGCAGCGAUUCUGUUAACGCUGCUGCUGCUGCUGCUGCUGCCGCUGCGGCUGCUGCUGCUACUUGUGGAGACAAUAUGGCGGUGGAAAUGCAGCAGAGUGGGGUGGAGAGAGAGGAGGGGGGUCGAAGUAGGGGGCAGCAUGCGGAGGGUAAGGGAAGGCGUGCCAAGGGAGCGGAGGGGGUGAAGAGGAAGAGUAAGAAGAGGGAGAAUGAAAGCAGUAGGGCUGCAGCUGCUGGAGACGCUGGUAAUGCUGCUGCUGCUGCUGCUGCUGCUGCUGCUGCUGCUGCGGCUGCUGGUGCUGCUGGUGCUGGUGCUGGUGCUGGUUCUGCUGCUGAUGCUGGAAGGGAGGUUAUGGAAGCGAGUACUUCGGACUGGUUGCAUCGUGUGCCUAGCACAAGGAAGCACCCAAUAUCCACUGCACCUGCUUCAUCAGCUGCUGAGGCUACUGCGCCUGACUCUGCGACCACACCUGUUGAUGCUGCUGCUCUUGGUGCGGAAGAGAGGUGCUCUCCUUCCGCCUUUUCUCCCCCGCCGUCCCUUUUCCGCCCUGUGGCCAUUUCAGGGAGCUUGAAACUGGCACCAACAGCGCAAUCGGUUGCCGCUGCACAAUUUGCAGCGGCUCAGGCUACAGCAGCAGAUUUCGCAGCUGCACCAGCAGCGGAAUAUGCGGCAGCACCAGCAGCACAAUUUGCAACGACGCACACUCCACAGUUUGCAGCAGCAAAGGUAGCAGAAUUCGCAACAGCAACAGCAACAGCAGCAGCACAAGUUGCAGCAACACCACCGCCCAACGCAACAGCAGCGGGAGCAGGGUGGGGAGUGGAGUCAAUGGAUACAGUGGGAGCAGCAAUAGGGGCACGGGGAGAAAUGGGAGAAGUGGGAGCAGGAGUGGGAGCAGGAGUGGGAGCAGGAGUGGGAGGCAGCAAUCAGAGUGUGCAGUUCUCUCCGCUGGGCCCUGCCUUUGCAGCGCUUAGUGUGGCCGCGUCACCUGCCAGGCCAUCGUCCCUGCUGAAGCCCCAGCCGCUGCCUCACCACGAGUCCCACAUGGCACAUGCUCUCUCGGUGCCCCCAGAGGCGUUCUCCUCUCCUCCCUUCCGCCUGCGACGCCGACUCAUGGAUCAGCAGCACCCUCCUGCUCCCUCCGCCUCACUCCCCUUCCCUGCUGCGCCCGGCAUCCCGUCCCACCAGCACCUCCCUUACUCCUCCUCCUGCGUCCCCCCUCUCUCACCCGCCUCUGCCUUUGCCUCUGCUGCUGCACCUGCUUCGGCGUCUGCCACUGCUUCUGCACCGGCUUUUCCUGCACCACCACCAGCAGCAGCAGCAGCAGCAGGUGCUUCUGGAACAUCGCCUGCAAUUGCUCUUGGUUGUGCUUCUUCUUCGUCUGAUCCCCCUCCUCCUCCUCCUCCUCCGCUUGCUGCUGCUCCUCCUGAUCCUGCUGCUCCUCCUGAUCCUGCUGCUGAUGGUUCUUCUGCUGCGGAUUUCGUUCCUGCUGCGGCCGCCGCUGCUGUUUCUACUACACCCCCUGUGCGCCCCUCACACCCUCCACACCCCCUCUCCAUUCUCUCUGCACACAUGCCGCCCUGGGAUGCUCCAAGGCCGGGAAGUGGGGGAGGAGGAGGAGGGGGCGGUGCUGGUGGUGGGCUGCGAUUCCUGAGGGAAGUUCUGCCAGGCGGCGAGGAGCGUCUUUCAGUGGGGGAGGUUGGUCCUGGGCUCGCGAGUCUGAGGGACUCUCUGGCUGCGGCGCAGCAGAGGUGGUCGCUGGGGGGUUCUGAGCCUAGCGCCACCACCUCUGGUAAGCCUAAUGCUGCGGCUGGCAGUAACAGCAGCACUGUGUUCAGCUCGGGUACCGCACCAGCCACAGGCUCUACUGUUGCAGACACAGCAGCGGGAGCAGCAGGCGCAGCACUAGCACCACCACCACCGUCGCCGUCCCCCCCAUCUUCCUCCUCCAUCUCCCCAACCCCAGCCACAGCCGCUGGUUCGUCCAGUAGGGGUGGCGGUGCCGUGACAGCCAGAGGCAUGGGUCAUGCUGUGAACGCAAGGGCAGGCAUGGGCAUAAACAUGGGAAUGGGCAUAGGCAUGGGCUUGGGUGUGAGCUCGACUGUUGGUGCCUGGAGGGGCACAUGGCAGGGCAUGGGGGAUCAUGAAGGGAAUGGGCACGGGCAUGGCAAUGGCAAUGGCAGUGCCUAUGGUUCUGAGGUUGUAAGUGCCAUGGCUGGAAUUACCGGAGGAGCGGACCCACCAUUAGCCGAGACGCGAGGAGGUGGAGGAGGAGGAGGUGGGGGAGGGAGAGGAGGUAGGGGUACUGGUCGGGGGGGGGGUAGGGGAGGAGGUGGGGCAGUUGGACGGGGAGGGGGGGCACGAGAAGUGGAGGCAGGAGCAACAGUAGCGGCAGCAGCAGGUGGUAGCCCCGGGCCUGGUAGUAGGCUGUCUUAUGUGCACAUGAGAGCAAGCAGAGGAGGAACCAGCAGUGGAGCAGGCAGAUCUAGGUAGGCUUAGGCUACGAACGAAGGUAGUGGUUGGUUUUGGAAUCUCAGCAGCAUUACCUACAGUGUUGUGGUGGAUUUGGCGGGGUUAGUGAGGAGGGCACGUGUAGCCCUCCUGUCAUGCGUGUGGUUAGCAAUUAUCAUGUUUUUUUUCUCCCAGUGUUUUUCCGUGGCUGCCUUUCCCCUCCUGUAGCAUUGGCUGUCUAAAUUUUGUACGGUUGGCAAUAUUGU